ACGAUCGAUCGCUCGUCAAACAAAAUGUUUUACUAGUAUGUGAUACUCUAAUGAGGAAAUACAUUAAAAUUACAAAUGUUUACAAAGUAUCUUAACAAAUAUCAAUAAUUACAGAGCGUACGUACAGUGGAGCGUGCCGGUCGGUCUGUGCUUUUUAAGUAAUAAUGAGCUUUUUAAAAAGCUCCAGUAGACCAGGCUCUUUGAAAACUAUUGAUAGAAGGCCAUCUUCGUACGCACCCAACGAAAACUUACAAAAUGAAGUAGUAAAACUACAGUCUCAAGUUGAGAUAGAGAAAAAAGGAAAGAAAGAAGCAGAAGAAAAAUAUAAACAAAUAGUUGGUAAACUUGAUGUGGUACAACAUAGACUGAUAGACAGAAACAAAGAAGUGGAAGAAGAAAGAGAAGCAAAGGAAGAAGUCAUGAAGAGCAAUAAAACAUUGCAAUUGACCAUAAACAAAAUGGAACAGUAUUUACGGAAAAAGAGUACAGGUAGUCGGUUUGAAUCAACCAAUGUAGUAGAUGUAGUAGAUCCUGAUAUGGGUGGGAAAGUAGAUAUAGAAAAUAUUAUUAAGACAGAAAACGAACUAGAAGAAAAAUCUCGACAAUUACAGAGAGAAAAACAGGCAAAUGAGAUCCUGGAUAAAAGAUGUAAACUGUUAGAAAAAUUACUAAAAGAAAACAACAUUCAUAUAGAGAGUAUAGAGAGUAAUGAACUAGACAAUUUAAACACACAAUUUGCCAAUACAGAAUUAGACUUCUAACAUUAUAUUUUUUUCAUAGUUUGUUUAAAUACUCGUCUGACAUUAUUCAUUACAAAUACCAUAUUGAUCUUUAAUACCAAUAUAGAACAUGUAAAUGUGAUAAGUGCAAAAAGGUUAUAAAUAAUGAUGUCAUCGUGCAGGUCAUGUGAUUUAUUCAUUUAAAGCAUAAAACAUUCACAUGUUAAUGAAUUAUACUGCAAUUUGUGGUCUUUUCAAUAUUUACUUUUAUAGAAGAUAUUAAAACAAUAUCAUAUGAUGAUGAUACAAUUACUCAGUUGGAAUGUAUAUAAAGCUAAUAAUAUUUUAAUCAUAAUCGACCACCAAGUGCAAGAAAAUUGUUUUUUUCUGUAAAAUGUGUUCUUUGCUAGAUGUUAAUUUUGUCUUUCAUUUGAUGCAUUUAGUUAGGGCUGUUCCAAAAUAAUUUUUUUUGGGGGGAGCACUUUUUUUUUAAAUCUAAUUGGUGGGGGUUAUUAUCAUGAUUAUUGUAGGAAGUAAUCAAUCAAAAUUUUAUAUAUGGCAUAGUAAAAUAAAAAAUGUGCCUUUUGAGCCUCCACAUAUAUUUUGGAACAGCCCUUACCAAUCCAUUACAAUUUACAUAUAACAAUGUAAGGAAUUUUUGCAUUAUCAUUUGUUGUGAAUAUCUAUGUCUGUUUUAAAUUGGUUUGGGCAGCAAAAAUAUAGUUAACUAAACAUAUCAUUCCAAUAAAUAAAAAAUUUUAA